ACUGCCUAGAGGUGAAUGGCAGACCUGAGGAUUCCGCGAACUUCACCUUGAAAGUGGCCGGCGUGGGCUUGGGGGCUUGUUCCUCGGCCCUUGUCGCUACUGCCCUGGCUUUGGGUUCGGGAAGUGCUCGAGCUCAUGGUUCCGACAAGAGAUCGCGGGCUCCCAACGCGUUGAGUAGUGGUUUUAGGUGCCCGGGAGGCCAGCCGGAGGGGCUUCUCCUCAAAAACAAUUCCUCCGUCUGCCAAGUAUGGAGGCCGCCACACCGUGACCAUGAUUCCUGGGGAUGGCAUCGGGCCUGAGCUCAUGCUGCAUGUCAAGUCUGUGUUCAGACAUGCCUGUGUGCCCGUGGAUUUUGAAGAGGUACAGGUGAGCUCUAAUGCUGAUGAGGAAGACAUCCGUAAUGCCAUCAUGGCUAUCCGACGCAAUCGUGUAGCUUUGAAGGGAAACAUCGAAACCAACCACAAUCUGCCACCAUCUUAUAAGUCCCGUAACAACAUUCUCCGCACCAGCUUAGACCUCUAUGCCAAUGUCAUCCACUGUAAGAGCCUGCCAGGCGUGGUGACUCGCCACAAAGACAUAGACAUCCUCAUUGUUAGGGAGAACACAGAGGGCGAGUACAGCAGCCUGGAACAUGAGAGCGUUUCAGGCGUGGUGGAGAGCUUGAAGAUCAUCACCAAGGCCAAGUCCCUGCGCAUCGCUGAGUACGCUUUUCGCCUGGCCCAGGAAACUGGGCGCAAGAAAGUGACCGCCGUGCACAAGGCCAACAUCAUGAAACUAGGAGAUGGCCUCUUUCUCCAGUGCUGUAAGGAGGUGGCUGCAGGCUAUCCCAACAUCACUUUCGAAAGUAUGAUCGUGGACAACACCACAAUGCAGCUGGUAUCUCGGCCCCAGCAGUUUGAUGUCAUGGUGAUGCCCAAUCUUUAUGGCAACAUCGUCAAUAACGUCUGCGCUGGCCUAGUUGGGGGCCCUGGGCUUGUGGCUGGGGCAAAUUAUGGACAUGUGUAUGCAGUGUUUGAGACGGCGACUCGGAACACAGGUAAAAGCAUUGCCAAUAAGAACAUCGCUAACCCUACAGCCACCCUGUUGGCCAGCUGCAUGAUGCUGGACCAUCUGAAGCUCCACUCAUAUGCCACCUCAAUCCGGAAGGCUGUGCUGGCAUCAAUGGACAAUGAAAAUAUGCACACCCCGGACAUUGGGGGCCAAGGCACCACCUCUGAAGCGAUCCAGGACAUCAUCCGUCACAUCAGAGUCAUCAAUGGACGGGCCAUGGAUGUCUAGCCCUUGACACCCUGCCAGCCAAGCUCCCUCUCCACACCCCCCUCCAGCUGCACUGCUUAUUUAUUGGCCCCCUAAUACCUGCUUGUCAGAUAGUCUGGGGAGGGGGCACCUCCUUGAUCCAGUGUUUAUUCCUCUCCCCUUGCUUCUUAGCUUAUAAAAUAAACAACUGUGUCCCCUUCC